CCCCCAUCACACUGCCCUACUCUAGGAAAACAAAGCUUAAUUUCCACGAAAUCUUUUAUUUUCCCGCCUCCGAAGAUCCCAGUUUUUAAUUGUCAGCCAAGCUGAAGCCCCGGGGUGCAGCUCUAAUGAGGAUCUCGGCGCGGAAGAGGCUGAUCUAGGGAGGUUGUUUAUCUAUAGUAUUGGGGGGACCUUGAAACAGCCGAUGUCCCAUUUCCUCUGUUGUUUUGCUUCUCUUUAGUCUGGAUUCUCCAUGUUGAACCAAUUCUGAGAUUUGGGUUGGGACCUGCCCGCGUAUGCAUGUCUAGGCUUUCAUUUCCAGCGGCGUCUCCCCACACCUCCGACAGCCUAGGAUUGCAGCAGGGAGAGUGAAAAGGAUCUAGGGAGAGAGAUCGUCGGGGCGGAGAGCUGCAGAUCCGAUCUGGAGAGACAAGAUCAGCACUGGAUCCGUGCAAGUGUUAGAUGGAAAGCAGCUGUAUCAUCGCCCAAGUGCAGAGAGAAGAGGCGCUUGUGCACCCAAAGCAAGGACUUGUGUCCAGAUCCUCACCAAAGAAGCCUCGAAGUCGGAGUAUCUUCAAAGCCCUUUUCUGUUGCCUUAGUGCACAGAAUGUCAGUCGACCAGGGGGCCCCUGUGAGGCUCCCAUCCAAAAGGAGGAGGCACAAUCAACUCCAAAGGCGGAUCUGUUACAAUGUCUCCAGUACCAGUUCUACCAGAUUCCAGGUACCUCCUUGCUUCCUGAGGUAGCACCCAGGGAUAAGGGGAAGAUAUGUAUGGUAAUUGAUUUGGAUGAAACCCUAGUUCAUAGUUCUUUUAAGCCCAUCAGCAAUGCAGAUUUCAUAGUACCAGUGGAGAUUGAGGGGACCACGCACCAGGUUUAUGUUCUGAAAAGGCCUUAUGUUGAUGAGUUUCUGGAGAGAAUGGGUCAGCUCUAUGAAUGUGUGCUAUUUACUGCUAGCCUUGCCAAGUAUGCGGAUCCAGUGACUGACCUUCUAGACAAGGAAGGGGUCUUCAGUUCCCGUCUCUUCAGAGAAGCUUGUGUCUUCCAUCAGGGUUGCUAUGUCAAAGACUUGAGCCGUCUAGGCAGAGACCUGAAGAAAACUAUUAUCUUAGACAAUUCUCCAGCAUCUUACAUAUUUCACCCAGAAAAUGCAGUGCCUGUGCAGUCUUGGUUCGAUGAUAUGGGGGACACAGAGCUGUUGAGCCUCAUCCCAAUCUUCGAGGAGCUCAGUGACUCCGAGGACAUUUAUACCAGUCUUGGCCAGCUGAGGGCCCCUUGAGUUUUCUCCUCUUGCCUUGAGUUUUUUUCAGGGGACAUUUUUAUAUCUUUUUAAUAUUCUUUCAUUUUUUUUUCUUUGUAAUCUCACACUCGCAGUGCCUUUGGCCUUAGAGGAAGAGGAUCAAAAGUGGAUAUUGAUAAUGAGGCCUUUUCCGAGCGAGCUGCGUACAGUUCACACUCCUUAUGGCCUGCGUGCUCAGUGGCACGUUGGUGGUGAAUGCAGGGAUCUAUACAUGCCAUUAUGUUGGUGCACUAAUAGGAGAAAGUGUCCUUUUUUAAAUAAUGGUACCAUGUACCUCCCUUUUUUCUAGUCCUAUACUGCUGUUUAGUCUUCAUAUCUUUAAAUUCAUCAAUUUGUACAAAGCUAGGCCACAAUACUGAGAAAUUACAAGAUACAUGCCGGUACUUUAAACAGCUUAAUAACUUGAUACAUACAGGAGUUCAGGGACCUAAAGGGGGAGUAGGAGCCCAAGUAAUGCUGGCUCACCAGCAUUACAUGAUAGAUGAAAAUAAGCUUUAUCUCAACUGUAAUGUCAUAUAUAUGUGUUACAGGCAUGUUGAAAGUUGAAUAGUACUUGUUGCUUCUAUAGAAAGUCAUUUUGUAGCCUG